AUGCCUAAAGUUAGCAUUUCCGGCACAAAGUACCGCAUGACCCUCGGUUUGCCCGUUGGUGCUGUCAUGAACUGCGCUGACAACUCUGGCGCCAAGAACUUGUACGUCAUUGCUGUCCGUAACAUCAAGGGUCGCUUGAACCGUCUUCCCGCUGCCGGUGCCGGUGACAUGGUUGUCGCUACCGUCAAGAAGGGUAAGCCCGAAUUGAGAAAGAAGGUCAUGCCCGCUGUCGUCAUCCGUCAGCGCAAGGCCUGGCGCCGCAGAGACGGUGUCUUCCUCUACUUUGAGGAUAACGCUGGUGUCAUUGUCAACCCCAAGGGUGAAAUGAAGGGCUCUGCUAUCACUGGUCCCGUCGCCAAGGAGUGCGCUGACUUGUGGCCCCGUAUUGCCUCUGCUGCCGGUACCGUCGUCUAA